AUGGCACAGGCGACGACCGAGGCAAUCCAGCCUUUCAGCAUUCCACAAGAGGUGCUUUCAACAGUUUCAGACGACGGCCGCUCUUCCUCAAGCAAAGCCAUCCACCUCGUCUCCCGGCUUAGGAACCUCCCUCGAGAACUGUUUCUGUUGAUCUUCAAUGCUCUCUCCUACCGGGAGCUCGUCUUGCUUGCCUUGACUUGUAAGUCGAUGGCGAUCUUCAUCCUCAACGACCCCAUCUUCACCAUUGUUGCCAACGCCGAGGAGGCCAAGCACGCAGCUCUUGGGCAUUACGAGACUGUGCUCAACGCCUUCCCCUUCCGCCGCCGCUUGCCCUAUCGCCUGCCACACAGAUCCCUCCUAUGGUGCAGUCAUUUCACCUGUCCUUUUUUCUCCCGACGACUGAGGGAGUGGCAACGCAAAGUCAGGAAGUCAGUGCAGGAGUUGGGGCCAGAACACAAGGUCAUUGAACGGAGGGAGGAUAAACAUCGGCAGAAGGAUGGCAGCAACCCACAAAAGUCCUGA